GGAGUUCCCACUAGUUACAUUACCUCUCCUCUCGAUCGGCGGCAACGCUGUCUGAUUGGCGGCAACAAGCCGUGACUAAGCAUGGAGGCCUAAAGAACCAAGAACCAGUUUUGCCAGUAACGACAGCACCUCGCCAGCGCAUUCUAUACACGUACCGACCACAUUAUUAUAAAACCUUCUACGGUACCCUGAGGCUUCGUAUCGCAAGGCAGAGGAAACACAAGAAAGAUUUGAAGAGGAAAAAAUGGUCUUCCCACAAUCAGAUCUCGAGAUAAUCGAGCAGAACCCCUUGGAGGAUUUCCGCGCCACUUAUCGUCAAUUCUUCCACCAGAGGACGGGCCUCGCCGUUGAGGCAGCCCUGGAAGAGCCAGAGAUUUUGCGGCUAAUUCUUGAGGAUGCGGCUACAGACGAAAGUAGGUUAAGUAUAAAUUUAAAGAUAGAUCGGGAUUUGAGGGUUUUAUCCCGGAAUCACUAAUCAGGCCCCCCCCCCCACUCCAGAUGCCCGUGAGCUCUUCCAUGUCUUCCUCCUCCAAAUCUCUCUCACCGAUGCCAGCGGACAACUGCGACACCCCAUUGGUUCCGAUACUAUUGUCCGAACGCGGAUACUGCUCUUUGCAGGCGAAUGGCCGAACCAGCUUGGCCUCGAUGGCGACGCACUGGGUCUUUGCGCGGCUGGGUUACGCAGUGCUCUCUCCCUAGAGACCGACGUUCCGGACGAGGAUGUCUGGUCAUCCGUGUACCGCCUUUUGACCACUUUCCCGGCGUCGGAUUCCCCCGAGGCGACAGCGAACGUCGCUACCAUGGUGAAAGAUUACCUGACCAGAUACGCUAGGGAGCAUCCAUACCUGCUCGCUUUGAAUAUCGGGUUAUCGCUCGUGGGUUUUGCGGUGCCUCCGCUCUUGGGAGCUUUGGGAUUUACAGGUGCUGGAGUUAGUGCUGGUCUGUGUGCCCUGAGAUAUGGCCGUAUUUUUUCUGGGGAAGAAGUCACAUUUACUAACUUUCAUGGGGAGUGCAGGUAGUGCAGCCGCGGCGUGGCAGUCCGGUUUUAUGGGAUUUGUCCCGAAGGGAAGCUUGUUCGCCGCUUGUCAAAGCAUCGGGGCGACAGGAGCAGCGCCUUUAGCCACAGCAGCUGGCUGGGUUGCUAGUUCGGCUGUUGCUGGGACUGCGGUGGCGUUGGAUGCUAUAAGGGGGAAUAGGGGAGCUGCAGAGGGUGAUUCUGAAAAUGAGGAGGGGGAGUAAUUGUGAUGCGUUUUGUUUUUAAACUCGUUCUCUUUCCGCGGUGUCUGGUUGGGCUAUCAUACGUGCCAGGUUUGAUGUAACUAGGGCUACUACUUUGGCCGGGUCUCUUUAUGAAGUGUUAUCUUGAGAUGGCUCCAAUCUAAUCUUUCUGACUUAGCGUUGGGAGCGAACUGACAUGACACCGAUCGUGUCAUACAGCCUCCGUUCAAGAAAAUCGGGAAAUCUAGAGAUAAUAGUUUAGGACUCAUUUAAUAUGCGGACAGAUAGCAUUCUAUUAAAUCUGGGGAUGAUUCAGGAUCCAAGUUUCGACUAAACCAACCAACCGAAACAGGGGAGUAGAUCCACUCCGAAAACUCCGAGAGAAGCCACCACACGUACGACACUCCUAUUUUACUAUGCCCCCAAAGGAUGAACAGAACUGCCACUGCAAGUACGGCACAGGCAAAAAAAAACACCCCCCAACCCCAACCUAGCCUAUUCAUAUAGACUACCGCCCUUGAGUGCUAUAUUCCCCAUAUAGGUAACCCAGUUUCACUGCUCUCUCUUCAAUUGAUUUAUGAGCCGUCACAAAGAAUCACCCGCUCAGGUUUCUGGUUGUAAUUUCUGUAAGGAAUGGAACGAACCAGAUGGAAUGGAAUGGAGAGGAUGUUGUGAGAUGGCUAGCAUGAGCAGAUCGAGUGGUUGGAACAAAUAUUUAUAAGGCAAUCAUAUAUUCUAUAACUUGUACGUUUUGAUAAGUAAUUACAACUUACUAUUCUGAAUAUUAUUUAUUUCUUUUGACCUUUAUUUGUUUUUUUACUUCAGCAGUGUUAGACGUGGGCGAGUGGUUACGCUCUACAGCUAUGGUUAGGUAUUGUUUACGUGGACUAUUACAUACUCUAGCAUUGGAAAGGUUCCCUUCCAUUCGUUUCCUUCUUUCCUUCUUUCCUCCAUUUCUACAUUCAUUAUCCACCACCUUCUCCCCUAUACACAAGUUCCUCUGUCUGUGCAUAUAUAUCUUUAUCCUACAUCUCCUCCCUCUUCGCUAGACCACAUUCUGUGAAAUCCGCAUUCCGGUCAUUUCCCAUUCGCCCAUAUUUCAAUCCCACAACGCUAUAAAGUGCUAUACGAUAUAGUACGGUACACUGGGGGUGUUGCGACUUAUCGAAGUUUAUCAGACGUCAUUAGCUAGGCCAAAGCAAAAAAAAAAAAAAGGAAAGGAAAAAUAUUUUAAAUUUAAAUGGAGGCGCAAGAAGGGGGGUUUUUGCACACGGUGUACGGGGAUGGAGAGGAAAACCCAGGUUGAGAUUUUAAGUACACAAUUAGUUUAACCCCCAGCAUUCCCAAUAAGAAUAUCGUGGAUUCAAUCUGGUUCCUCCUCAGGAACAUCCUCCUGCC